UAGGUGUCAUAUGGGAAAAGGAUAGUAUUUGAAGAUCCUUUAAAGGGGGAGGGUGCACAGUCAUAGGUGUCAUAUGGGAAAAGGAUAGUAUUUGAAGAUCCUUUAAAGGGGGAGGGUGCGGGAACCCUGUACACACCCUUGUGUACGUGCCUACUCUUUGAUACUAUAUGUUUGCUAGUGUUGGUUGAAAUUGAUACUUUACAGGUAAAGUCACGAAGACCGUCAUGUCUUUCAAGAUACUAAACAGAGAGAUUAUGAUUGUGGAUGGAAGACGUAACGUGAGCUCCGCAGAUUGGCGGAAUAUAAACCAAUUGGUUGUCGACACACUGGAUUCUUGCCUGCGCGAAUAACACAUUCAGGUCUGGAAGUGUCGUAGUCGAUGUGAUGUACACUCAAAUGGGUGAUGUGUUAGACCCACCUGCAUUCUUUAAGCAACAGUUACUCGAACAUGCCACAAAAUACAACUUCAACAUUGACCCUGGUAGCAUUCAAUCGCUGCAAUGUGAGUAGAACCUACACAAGACGGCAUAACAGUCACGUGGUUGAACCCAUCUAGUGAAGUCCAGUGCACGAUGCGUGCUAGGGUCCUAGCUGGGAGGUCACGUGACUGGGUGACGUCAUCAGGUGUCAGUGGUUCAGCCUCGCUGUCGUGCGUGUUGGAUGAUCUUGAGCCUGACACUCUGUACGAGGUGGAGGUCACCGUGUCGGUGCGGGGAGACACGAGGCGUGACACGGUGUACAUCAGGACCACACCCACAGCCGUAAAGAUUGAGGGCCAGGACUCGGCCAUUGUUGGUCUCGCUGUGGUGGUCGCCAUCUUGGUCUUGGUCAUCAUUGGGCUGAUAGCCUACGUCAUGUGGCUAAAACGAGCAGGAAAAAAGUCAAAAAGAGACAGAACUCUCGAACAUGCUGAUAACACAGGCUUCUCACCUGAGCAAAUACCAAUGCAAGGGACUUCGUUUAACUACCAAGCACAGGAUAAAGCCAUGGAAUACCAGGUAGCUCAGGAUGCCAUGCGUGACAACAUCCCAAACUACGAGGACGUCACGCAAAGGGAAAAUUUCACGCAACACGCCUCGGAGGACACAGCACCAUGUGGUCAUCAUUCUGUGGCCAAUGAGCAGUGUGCAACCGUAACGCAAGGGGACAAUGUCACGCAAUAUGGAGCCAUGGGUGGGUUUCCGUCACGUGAAUCUGACAUUCUGGCCAAUCAGCAAAAUAACGCCAUCGUUGGCACGAAGAGCAAGGUGGCAACUAACAACGCUUGUCACAAAGGCGAGGCAAGCUAUGAGAACAUAAGAAAACGAGGUUUACCACCAACAGUAUACCAAUCUCUGCAGACAAUAAAACAACAGAGCGAGAAUGCGCAGUACGCCUCGUUGAAUCUUGGGACACGCAUAGCGACCAUGCCUGGUGAUAGGGACGAGAGCGGCGUGGGUUCAUUGGAAAGUGGGAGUGAGUACCAGGAGUUGGACAGAGCUGCCGUCUCGUAUUCGUGUUAUGAGCAGAUUGGCCCGAAUAAAACAACAAGCACGUUACAUAAACAAUAAAUUAUAAUUGAUAGAGACGUUUGCUUAUCCGAGUGUAUAGAUUGAUGUUAAUGUGAUGCAUGUAUAGAAUGAAUAAAUCCUUAACCGCGGUA